UGCAGCCCGCGGGCCGCUCCCAGAGCUGCCAUGAGACACGGCGCCGGAGCCCAGCCGCUGCUGCUUAACAUGUACCUGCCAGAUCCAGUUGGCGAGACUCUGUUCAAGGAGGGGAAGAGCCCGGCGUGGGGCUCGCUCAGCCCCGGCGUGCAGAAAGGCAGCGGGCAGAUCCAGCUGUGGCAGUUCCUCCUGGAGCUCCUGUCGGACCGCGCCAACCUGAACUGCAUCGCCUGGGAGGGCACCAACGGGGAGUUCAAGCUGAUCGACCCGGACGAGGUGGCCCGGCGCUGGGGCGAGCGCAAGAGCAAACCCAACAUGAACUACGACAAGCUGAGCCGGGCCCUGCGCUACUACUACGACAAGAACAUCAUGACCAAGGUGCACGGGAAGCGUUACGCCUACAAGUUCGACUUCCAGGGCCUGGCGCAGGUCUGCCAGCCCGCCGCCCCCGACCACGCCCUCUACAAGUUCCAGGGCAACCUGGCGCCCCUGCCCUUCUCGGGCAUCUCCAAACUCAACCUCAUGGCCUCGGGGGUGACGCCCACCAGCUUCUCCUACUGGCCGGGGUCCGCCCCCACCCUCUACCCCGGCCACGGCCUGCAGCCCUCCGCCCCCUUCAGCGCCAUGGCCGCCUCCCACAUCAACAACAUGAAUAACCACUACCAUUAGAGCCCGCCGGGGCGUGCCAGGC